AUGGCAGACAACUCGGCCACCCGUGUAAGAGUCCCUAGCGACCGCAACAGUCGCCGGAAAAUCAAAGGAGAAGUUGACAUAAUUAGCUCUUUACCCGAUGUGAUCCUUCAACAUAUUCUCUUCUCUUUUCAGACGAAAUACGCCAUCAGAACUUCCGUCUUGUCAAAACGAUGGAGGCAUGAAGCUGAUGCCAUAAACAAAGCCCUAAGUCAAUACACAGCUCCCAAGAUGAUGAAUUUUCAUCUCAAAAUCAACAAGAAUAACAGUCUUCAUCACAUCAAGAAGUGGACCGAAUUUGCCAUGUCCCGCAACGUAGAGAAUAUGUCCCUUGAUGUCCGUUUUCGUUCUAACAAGAUUCCUCGUUUCUACGAGAUCAAUUCCUCUGUCAAGUCACUCAGCCAUAGGUUAGAUUUGCAUGAUGUGAUUCCCCGACACGGUGUGUCUUGGACAUCCUUGAAGAAGUUUUCCUUGAGUUAUUGUGGGUUACCUGAUGAAUCUGCUAAGAUUUUAUCUGGUUGUCCGAUUCUCGAAUGGCCAAUGCAGAUUGUGGCACCACAGAUCCAUUGUCUCAAAUUGAGAAACACUCAAUUACCAUGUACUUUAGUUGAUGUCUCAUCCUUAACCGAAGCUGAAGUACUGGACAUUAUCAUCUUCCCAGUGAACCUGUCCUACAAUGCUGAUUUUCUUCAUGCCACGAUGCUAGAGAUGCUAAAAAAGUUAAAGAAUGUAGAGAAGCUUACUUUUAGUGGAAGCUAUCUUCAGAAUUUGUCUGUUGCCGAGAAACGUGGUGUUCCUUUUCCAAUGUUCAAGGUCAAAGCUUUGACUCUUGAGAUGAAACACUUUGUAAUUUCUGAUAUAGAAAGAAUGUUACAAAGCUCACCUAAUUUAAAGAAGCUAACAGUACGCGCAAAGGAUAACACGGGGAAGUAUCUUUACAGAUACUUUGCAAGGCUUGAAUCUGGAUCAAUGCUCGAGCUCAAAAAAGGUGUCUAA